CAGAAGGCCUGUCAGCGGCGGCCCAGUACGAGUCACCGGCCGACUGCUUAGCUCCGCGUCUCUCAGGGUCUGGUCGAGGGAAGCCAUGGCUCGACUCGCUGCACUACUGCUCUUACCGGUUCUUAUCGAAUCGGUAUUUUCCAUCUCCUUCUUCCUACCCGUCAAUUCAAGGAAGUGUUUGCGGGAAGAGAUCCACAAAGAUGUCCUAGUCACUGGGGAAUACGAAAUAGGCGAGCAGCCCAACACAAAAACCAACCUGAAGAUCACAGAUUCCUCUAGUCACACUCUUUACUCCAAGGAAGAUGCAACAAAGGGAAAGUUUGCAUUCACCACUGAAGACUAUGACAUGUUUGAGGUGUGCUUUGAAAGCAAAUCACCCAUGGGAACUGGAAGAGUCCCCGACCAGCUAAUCAACCUGGACAUGAAGCAUGGGGUGGAGGCCAAAAACUAUGAAGAAAUCGCAAAGGUGGAGAAGCUCAAGCCUCUGGAGGUGGAGCUGAGGCGGCUGGAGGACCUGUCGGAGUCCAUUGUCAACGACUUUGCCUACAUGAAGAAGAGGGAGGAAGAGAUGCGGGACACAAACGAGUCCACAAACACGAGGGUGCUCUACUUCAGCAUCUUCUCCAUGUGCUGCCUCAUCGGCCUGGCCACCUGGCAGGUGUUCUACCUGAGGCGCUUCUUCAAGGCGAAGAAGCUGAUUGAGUAGAACUCUGCCACGCCCCCCUGGAGCUCGGGGCCUCAAGGGGAAGCUGCCGUCCGUCCGCCCGCCCGCCACUCAUCUCAUCCCAGCAACACUCCCCCCGGGACAGGCUACAGCGAACAACAGCACGCAGGGGUGUAGGGAGUGGGUGGGGUAACCAUACGGGGCAGCAACAAGUGUAGGACACCGUUCCUUGGGGUGUAUGGGGGGGGGGGGGGGGUAAUAUUGCAAACUGUGCUUUUUUGGUGGUCUGGAACAUGGAAAGCGACGUAGAGGGAAGAUGGGUAUGGGGGACGAGGUAGGGGGUGUCAGUGCGUGUACAAGGCGUGUCUCGGACCCCCGUUGGCGCCCGUCUUUCUGUCUACACCGUUUUGAAUGUUGCAGCAAAGUGAAUAAGAACGCGUUGCUUUAAUCAGUUGUUAUUUUUUCGGUUUGAAGCUCAUUUUCAAUGGGUGUGCCACGAGAGAAUGUCUUGCCCCUCUGUUGUAUAAUAUCUUUGCCAUGCCAAGAAAACUAGAUAAUUGGUGCCCAUUUUAUCAAGUGAAGGCUUAUUUAAAACCGCAAGGUGGGACUGUCGCUUUGAAGAGAAACCCGGCAACCACGGAACUUUUGUGUCGUGUCACCUAAUUUGCAUACAUGUUGGUCAACUAAAAAUGGAUGGCGUUCUUGGUUUUGUUUUCCUAUUGUAAAUGCUACUUAGUUGCUUAGAAAGGUAUCAGGGAGGGGAAUUAUACUCUUAGUUAUAUAAUAGGUCACGUCUACCAACUCUUGCACGUUUCUUUUUUAAAAAAGGAUUAAAAUACAUUUUCUUAAAAUAUUUCCAUGAAUUGAAAUGAAUAGGGACUGAAAACCUUCCAAAAGAUUGACACACUUAAUUAUGAUGGUUAUGACUUUGGGCAGGAUAGUAUUAUUGACAUGUUGGCCAAUUUCUGGUUUCAUCAAGGGUGGUAAAAUGAUAUUAAUCUGCCAGUUUAUCUUGUAGUCAUUCAACGAUUGAUCUGUAGAAUGCCCUGAACGGCCCUUAGUUACAAGUGAUAUUUAUAUCUUAUUUCUCACUAUAGUUAUUCCAAUUAACAACUCUUAGAAAUCCGGCGAUUGAGAUGUUUUUCUUCAUGGAAAUCAAUUCAUAGGAUUGAUUGGAUGAUUUAUUUCGACAAAUUGUUUCUGGGUUCAGCUUCUCCUUCUGUCAUGGGUACAUUUUUAACAGUGAAUAUGCGCGUUGUGCGCAACCAAUUUUUAUGUUGAUUGACAAAUUUUGUAAAGAUUGUGUUUGGCUUUUAUUCAAUAAAAUACCGGAUGGGUUUACAUGAG